AUGUCGGCAACAGUACCCUUGACGCUCGACCAAUACCACGCCCAUGUACAACUCUACAACAGGUUCCAAGUUCUUGGUGAUCGCGAGCUCCAACCAAUGGAUACGGUAGUGGAUCCGGCUUUUCAAGUACCAACCCCUCAUCGUAUCACAGCCAAGCAGUUAGAUGUACUCUCUUUGGCGCACAAAAAUGCCAGGUUACGAGAAAGACGAAAGGCAAAACAUCCCCAGCUUUUGGAUGCAGAGCGACAGCUCAAAGAGCGGUCUUUUAAACUGCAACCACAUCAGCCGAAGUUGAGCAAUGCCAAAAGGCGCGGUGGCAAGAAACUAAGAAAAGAACACAGUCAGCACGCUGUUGUGGGGAUGACGAACGAGUUUCGUAGUUCACAAACGUGCAUGGGCUGUUUCGGUCCGGUCAUCCGACCAAACAGGAAAGCCGUUGGAGCAGGUUCGAAAAUACGCUCAGUUCACGGAUCGUCUUUGUGUAUGAAUAUCGAUUGUCCGUUAUAUCGAACAGGACGAGCCACACAAAACCGGGACACCCAAGCAGCAACGUGCAUCGCUCUUGCUGGUGCAAGCUUCUUGCUCGACGGGAUGAAAUUACACCCAUUUUCAAAAAAUUCAGCCAUGAAUCAUAUGCUGAAAAAAAUCAUUACCACCCCGCACACCGAUAACACAGAAUCUUGAAUGCAGGUGCUGCGGAGGCUUCUUCCAAUGGGGGAGACACACGACGUAGUGUUCGCGGGCAUUAACGU